AGUAUGUCAUUGUUCGGUCAAACUUAUUAUCAUUACCCCUUUUAUUAUUUCUUUUUCGCCACAAUCACAACAUUUGGCAUAACAUAAAGUCUCGCGUAACAAUAUUAAUUAGUUAUUUUCAACAAGCAUUUCCAAAUUACGAAAAAAAUUUAAACGACUUAUUGGCGAUGAGCUAAACAACAACCUAACACCAGUUUCCCGACUCUUAGGAUUGGCCUUACCGUCGUUUAAUGGAAACCAUACCGAAUGUGAAAACUUUAUUACUUCAUUCUUGGAUUUUAUGAACCGUUUGAAACAGGGCUCAUCAUACCCUAUUGACGCCAUGACUGCUGCUAAGCAACAGUUAUGGCGACAAUGGUUAGCCGACUACAUAAACGAGCUUCGAGGACGAAGAAAAUGGACAACACCAUCAUCGAACAUUUGGGCGGGCGAGUGGACCCCACUCAUGACAAUAUUAAUCAGCUCCUACAAUGGACAAUCGGACGCAUCAAAGGGGUCGUACCUGCAAAGAUGGAUUUAUUCGAGUGGACCAAACUCAAACCAGGAAGGCAUCAUGUUGUCGACCUGUACUAAAGCUAGCCGUGCUGUCUAUUUCUGGUUCCAACACCGGCCCCGUUGAACGCCUCCACGGCUUCAACAAAUCGGCAGCGGCGCCAGCUUGUAAGGUCGACGACCCUGACCUUGCCGUCCUCUCCUGCGUGCGUCGCGACGAUCCUUCCCAGGAGCCACUGUUGAGGCAGCAGGUUGUCCUCUGCCACGACGACGAAUUGGCCCUCCUCGACGUUGGCCUUCUCCUCGUGCCACUUGCCCCGAACCUGAAGGCCCAGGACAUAUUCCCGGGACCAUCGCCGCCAGAACGUUUGCCUGACUGAAGAGACAAGCCGCCAUCGCUGCAAGCAACUGAGACCCGCCUGGUCCGGGGUCCGGAGUGCUGGUGCUGCGAUGAGCGGCCCUCCAGUCAGUAGGUGCCCGGGAGUUAGCGCCUCUCCGUCGCUUGGGUCCUGGCUGAGCGCUCCGAGGGGCCGCGAGUUCAUCGUGGCCUCGAUCCCGACGAGUUGUCGCAAUGCACCGACUGCGGACAUCCUCGUCGACCAAUGAAUCUUUGAAAAGCCAAUAGAAAAGAAUCAGUACUUAGAUCUGAGACAAUCUCUAAGUGAACCGCCUUGGACGCAAAACAAACAUAUAAGGCAACGUAGGACUUAUACGGGGGCCUUCCUCGAAUUUUUAAUGUCGUAUAGACAGGGCCACAAAAAUCAACGCCACAUCACGGAGUCUAUCUGCGGGAAGAUUUUCCAUAAUUUGUGUCAU